UUAUAAAGAAACUCCAACUGAUCCAGGCUGCAUGAGCAUGUUACUCACCUGUGAGACUUACGACACUUUGGUCCAAAACGACACUUUCCCUUCAAGAAGAACUGGCACACACCCGCUCCCUCCUCCUCCUGGGCUCUCCACUCUGCACAUCAACAACAUGAGAAGAAGAAGAACGAGAGGAACAGGAGGGAAAGAUUAUGAGAAGACUGACAGGAGGAACAGAAGGUGAUCAGAAAACUUAGAUUCCUGCUGAUUCAGGUGUUUGGGUUCUCAUGUGUGUGACCAACCUGGAUGCAUAUAAAAACAGGGACUGAACACGGAGGGUGACAACACUCUACUACCCUUCAGGAUGAAGAUAGAUACUGUGGUUCUGCUGCUCUGUCUGUCUGUGACACGGGCCCAGGGAGACCUCACAGGGGGCCCAGAGAACGACACCAAGAACAGUCUGGGUGAACCACAAACCGAAGGCUGCAUGUGCGAUGCUGCCAUUCAAUUCAUCCUGACUGAACUGAGGGCUCUGAGAGACAUGGUGGUGGCUCAGAAGGUGGAGCUGUCGGUCACCCAGAGACACGUUGAAGAGAUGAGAAGAGACAACGCAGCUCAGGCAGCAGAUCUUGUCACCCUGAAGGCCAGGCUGACGGCCAGUGAAGGAGAGGUCAAAGAUCUACACACAGAGAACUCAGCCCUGGAAGCCAGACUAAGUCUCAGUGAACGCCACGUGGAAGAACUGAAGGCAUUCGACGCAGCUCAGGCAGCAGAUCUUGUCACCCUGAAGGCCAGGCUGACGGCCAGUGAAGGAGAGGUCAAAGAUCUACACACAGAGAACUCAGCCCUGGAAGCCAGACUAAGUCUCAGUGAACACCACGUGGAAGAACUGAAGGCAUUUGACGCAGUCCAGGCAGCAGAUCUUGACACCCUGAAGGCCAGGCUGACGGCCAGUGAAGGAGAGGUCAAAGACCUACACACAGAGAACUCAGCUCAGGCAGCAGAUCUUGACACCCUGAAGGCCAUGCUGACGGCCAGUGAAGGAGAGGUCAAAGACCUACACACAGAGAACUCAGCCCUGGAAGCCAGACUAAGUCUCAGUGAACACCACGUGGAAGAACUGAAGGCAUUUGACGCAGUCCAGGCGGCAGAUCUUGUCACCCUGAAGGCCAGGCUGACGGCCAGUGAAGGAGAGGUCAAAGACCUACAGACAAAGAACUCAGCCCUGGAAACCAGACUAAGUCUCAGUGAAUGCCACGUGGAAGAACUGAAGGCAGAGAAUGAGGGCAGACCAAAGGUGGCAUUCUACACGGCUCUAACUGAUUCAGGACAUGUUGGGCCCUUCAACACUGACACAUCACUGGUCUAUAGCAAAGUCUUCACCAACAUAGGCAACGCCUACAGCCCAGUAACAGGUGUGUUCACAGCCCCAGUGAGAGGAGUGUACUACUUCAGGUUUACUGCCGCGGACAACCGUUGUUCUGGAAGCAUAGGAAUUCACAUGCACAAGAACGACCUCCUGAUCAUGGGCAACUAUGCCCUCACUAACGACCGUCAUCGUAAAUAUGUGGUAAAUGCUGUCACUCUGGAGCUGGAGCAGGGAGAUAUGAUUAUGAUGCGUCUUCCAUCAGGCCACGGCCUAACUGAUAAUUCUAGUAAUCAUAACACCUUCAGUGGUUUCCUUCUCUUUCCCAUGUAAAACACUCUUCCCAGAGUUUAAUAAAGCUGACAUUCCUCCCUUGA